AUGGGACUAGCACCCGAACACUCUUUUCCAAAAGGCUUUGACGACUGCGUGACGGCUACGAAACACGUGCUGAAUAAUGGUAUCAGCUACGGAGUAAAUCCAAACAAGAUCGCAGUUGGUGGUGACAGUGCAGGAGGAAACUUGGCUGCUGCCGUGACCAUCAAGUUCCGAGACGAACGAAUAGAGCCGCGGAUCAAAGCCCAGUUAUUGAUAUACCCAUCACUGCAAGUCUGCUCUCACUCGCUGCCGAUGACUAAACAGCGACUAGCAGACUCUGCUGACGAGUUCCUCUUUUUCUACGGCUUGCUGGGGAUGUGGCUCAGUCUGAACAAACACCAGCAAGAGAUGAUGGAAUCGGGAAAAUACAUCACUCCAGAGCUGGCUGAAAAAUGCAAACGAUUGGUCGACGUCGACCUUAUUCCAGCCAAUCUCGUUCAGAAAGGUUACGUCCGUGACGAUCACGUGGCUACGCCAAUAGAUGAUGACGUCAUAUCUAUGUCAAAACUGAUAGAAGACCCGCGAGUUUCGCCCCUCCUUGUUGAAGAUCUUUCAGAACUUCCGCCUGCGUACGUGUUCACUGUGCAUUGGGAUUAUAUACGAGACCAUGGGAUAAUUUAUGCCAAGAGACUGGAGAAGGCGGGAAACACAGUCGUGUGGCAUCCUGAGACGGACACUUUCCAUGGCGUGUUGAACACGUGUCAUACAGAACCUGUCUUUAAGACUUGUCCAAAACUCAUAGGCAAUAUUACUGAGUUUUUAAAGAAACCAUUUGCAGAAUAGAUUACAUGUAAAUAUAGCAUCCGUGUAUAGAAAUAAUAACUAGUAUUAAAACAGCCAUACCUUAAUAAGCCUAAUUAGAGGACAGUUUCUUUCUUUUUUAAAAUCAGGUUGUCAUAGUAAUUAAACAUUUCUUUAUAAGAAACCAAAGUC